AAUUAGCUGGUAUAGUACGGGCAUGCACAGUCAGCUGGUCAGCCACGCAGCUCGAUAUAUAGUGACCAGCGAACCACCUCGACCUCUCUCACACUCGCGCACACGCAGACACACACCUGCCGGACUCCGGAGCCGCACCUCCCUCCCCCUCUGCCCUCUCUUCUUCCACGGCAGGCACCAGCCAUGGCCCUGGACAUGGACAGCGAGCCGUCCACGGCGACGGCCCAGUCCUCGUACUUCUCCGGCUGCAUGGCGUCCCCCGCGUGGCUGCCGCAGGGGGUUCGCCGUAGCCCCGCGCGCUUCCAGCUGCUCGCCCGCGGCGGGGGCGGGGACGACGCCGCCGGCCGAGGCGGCCGGCGUGCGUGGAGGGGCCUGCUCCGGCGGCUGGUGCGCGAGAGCAAGAGCAUCUGCAGCAACGCCUGCAGGGCGCCCGCCGCCGCCGCCACCUUCAAGUACGACGCCGACAGCUACGCCAAGAACUUCGACUCCGGCCGUUGGCACCCCUGCGCCGUUGGCCACGCGCUGUCGCCGCUGCAGAGCAGGCGGCCGGUCGAUCAAUCCACCAGAGAGAGCUAGCUGUUUUAGAUUCUUGCUUACCUUUUGCAGCACUUGUUUCUUUUUUUUUUUGGGGUUAGUUCUGUUGUAGCUGUUGUUCUUGAGACGGUAGUUGCAACGCUGGUGUCGGGGAUGACGGUGAUUUCACCACGCCGUUGCUUGUACAGUUGAGUGGAGAUGUCUCAAGCAGAGUUCUUGCAAAACUAUUCAGAAACUA